UUAGUAGCUCAUUUAAAGCUGUGCAAUACACAAGUCUCAAGUGAUUCUAACGAAAAGGAAAAUUUCUAAAACAAUUACAAUAUUACAAUAACUAGUAGUGUGUGGUAAAGAGAAUAAAAAUAAAUAAAUAAAUAUUGGAUAUAAUACAAAGAAUUUGAAAACUUAAUUAUAGUAUAGUUAACUACUAUAUUGAAUAUAAAGAAACAUGAGUCUGCUUUUAAGAGUGUUGGGUAGCAUUUUAAAUGUCAUUGCCAUUAUAAUAAAUUCUAUAGCCAAUUUACUAGUGCCACGAAGUAAACCCACCUAUCCCGCCAUUAAAAAUCCCCUAUUAAAGAAACCAAUAACUGUCUUAAGGGAUGAAAUGAUACAGAAAAAGUUGACUUCCCAAGAACUGGUGGAGGUGUAUAUAGGGCGCAUUAAAGAAGUCAAUGCCUGCCUCAAUGCUGUGGUGCAAGAUCGUUUUGAGGAGGCCAUUAAAGAGGCCCAACAUGCCGACUCUUUGAUGAGUAAAGCUGAUAGUGAUAUAAAAUUAUUGCUGCUGUUUCAACGUUAUCCCCUGUUGGGAAUACCUUUUACGGUUAAGGAGUCUUGCGGUCUCAAAGGUCUCUCCUUUUCGGUGGGUAGUUUUAAACGCCAAAACGAAGUCUGUCCCGAAGAUAGUGAGGUGGUGGGUUUGUUAAGAGCAGCCGGCGGUAUACCUCUGUUGGUAUCAGCAAAUCCCGAAUUUUGUCUCUCAUUUGAGGCUGACACCCAUGUCAAUGGCAAAUGUCUGAAUCCCUAUGACUUAAGGCGUACUUCGGGAGGUUCUUCAAGUGGUGAGGGCUCUUUACAUGGUGCUGGAGCAUCAGUCUUUGGUGUGGCCUCUGAUGUUAGUGGUUCCAUACGUUUGCCUGCCUUAUAUUGUGGUGUGUUUGGUCAUAAGCCUACGGGCGGUUUGACAUCCGUACAAGGACAUUUUCCCUAUAGUAAUACAGACGAAGACUUUGCCAACUUUUUACAAUUGGGUCCUAUAACCAGAUUUGGCCAGGAUUUAGCUUUAUUAUUGCAAGUAAUGGCGGGAAAAAAUGCAGAGAAACUGAAAUUUGAGGAGGGUGUUAAAUUGGAUGAUAUAAAGAUUUACUACACAUAUUCCAUGGGAAAUUUCCUGCACAUUCCAGUAGAUUAUGAAAUUAAACUGGCCAUUAAAAGGGCUGUAAAAUGUUUUGAAAAGGGAGGCUUGUACACCGAAGAGGUAAACAUAGCCGGCUUCCAAAGUGCAGUUGAAAUGUCUCUGUCACAUCUGGUCAGUCUUAAAGGUCUCCCAAGUGUGCUGACACAUUCGGCUGUAGAACGUCCCACACGCAAAGAAAUAAUUAAGGAGUUAUUGAAAAGCUUAACGGGCAAUUCAAAAAUUACCGCUAUGCCUAUAAUUGUGGAGUUAAUGAUCGAAAUGAAUGCCUUCCUAACAGACGCACAUAAUAAACAAUUAAAAGUUGAAUUGCAAGAACUUAAAAAGGAUUUAAUACAACUCUUGGGCUCUAAUGGCGUAUUAUUUAUACCCACCUACCACAAAUCGGCUGGAUUUUUCAAUGGCUGUUCCGUUGUGAACAUCAGUGGUGUGGUGCUCAUGCUUAUGUUCAAUGUCUUGGGUUUUCCCGCCACUCAUGUGCCCAUGGGUUUAGAUCGCAGUGGCAGGCCUAUAGGUUUUCAAGUGGUGGCUGCUCCGUACAUGGAUAAAUUGUGCUUACAAAUUGCUGCUGAAUUAGAAGGUGCCUUUGGUGGUUGGAUUGAACCUCAUUAAUUAAUGGAAAACGCAAAUGGCAAUGUUGUUGUUAUUUUUUUUAUUUUACUUGGUAAUUUAAGGUUGUAAGACGAACUAAUAUAUUUAUUUAUAAAACGAAUAUGGCAAUACUGUAAAUAUUUUACAUAGAAUAAAUAAUGUUAAUUUAA